AUGCCAACAGCCGAGAACCAGUGGCUGCACCUGCCCCUGAUCACCAAGCUCCGCAAGAGCCUGCAACGAGAUCUUCCCCGUUGCCGAGUACGCCUACACCACCAUCCCCACCUACCCCAGCGCCAGAUCGGCUUCAUGGUCUGCUGCAAGGACGCCAACCGCAACGUCCGCGAGCCCCUGCGCAAGUGGUCCGCCGAGGAGGAGGAGAAGCUCUGCAAGUACUACAACGCCGACAUUCACAAGGCUGCCUUUGUCCUGCCCAACUUUGCCAAGAAGGCCCUCCAAUAA